AACAUAAUAUGAUAAAAAGGUGCGCUUUACAUUAGUGUCUGGCUUAUCGGAAUAAGGACACGUCAAAUUAAAAGCGGUUAUUCUGUUGCUUUUUAAAUUUUUCGAACAUGUUCGGCACGAAAAUUUUAUUGGUGUUUUUAUUUUUAAAAUUCAACAGUUCCUUGGGAGACGAAAAUGAUCAAUUGAAGGCAGUUGUAGUGGUAUUUAGGCAUGGCGACAGAUCACCGCUAUCAUCCUGGCCUAACGACGUAUAUUACAAUGACACAUCUCUCUGGCCAGAUGGAUAUGGACAAUUAAAUAAUUUAGGAAAACAACACCACUAUGAAUUAGGUCAAUGGUUUAGGGAACGCUAUGAUAACUUUCUACCUGCCCGGUACAACAGAAAAGAUAUUUACGUUCGGUCUACGGAUGUCGACAGAACAUUGAUGUCAGCAGAAUCAAAUUUAGCAGGAUUAUAUCCUAUAACAGAAGAUACAAUUUGGAACGAUAACAUACUUUGGCAGGUUAUUCCCGUUCAUACAGUACCCGAAAGUCAAGAUCCGAUUUUAGCCAGCGAAAUUCCGUGUGCCAAACAUGCACGCCUUGAAAAAGAACUGUAUCAAACAGAAGAAUUCCAAGAACUGAAUCGGCAAUAUGCAGAGUUGUACAAAAAUAUAUCCGAAGUUACAGGAUUUUUUGUAGACGAAGUCGAUAUAGGCACAAUGUCCGGAUUGUUUUCAGCUAUAACUAUUUAUAGGGGACAAAAUUUGAGUUUGCCCAGUUGGACUGACUAUUAUUGGGAAGAUAUCAAAACCCUCGCAGCUAAAAAGUUCCAAGUCCCCACUUACACCACAGAUUUGGCCCGACUCAGAACAGGUCCGUUUUACAACUAUUUUAGUAAGUUUCUAAAUGCCACUAGAGAUCAGACACCAUUUACAACCCAGGGUCUUAGUUAUACGCCGAAAUUUUUAAUGCUUAGUGCCCACGACACUACUCUUGGUGAUUUUACAAAUUCAAUGGGUGUUUAUCCUGAUGCUGUCCCAGAAUUUACUUCUACACUAAUUUGGGAAAUUAGAAGCAGAAAUCAAGACGAAACAGAUCUAUAUUUGAACGUAUAUUAUAAAAACAGUACCGAUUUUAGUCCGUUGACAGUGAAAGAAUGCGCUUUUGAUUGUGGAUUGGACGACUUUACUGCAAUUAUGAGUCCAGUAGCAGUUACCGUUGAUGAAUGGGAAGCUGAAUGCAAAGACACCAAUUAAUAUUGUAAAUAAAGUACAAACAUUGAUAAAUA